AUGGAUCAAGUUUUGCCAUCAACUAUGCCAAAUAGAUGCAAGAUUGAAUUACUAUUACAAACUUCACUGAAUGAAACUGAAGAAUCAUGGACAACAACUUCACGUCAAUAUAUUGAGCAAUUAGACAGCCCUGAAUUAUCGCUCGAAAAAAUAGCAGAAUUACUGAAAUGUAAACGAUUCAUUACGCAACGUCUUGCGCGUAUUUUCUUUGCUUACACAAAUCACGAUGAAGUUAUUGAAAAUUUAAAUAAAUGCCAGAUAGGAAAAUUAAUGCAUGUUUUAAAUGGUACAAUGGAAGUACGCGCACUUGUGUUGUUCAAAGCAAUUUGUAAUAAUAAUAAUCAUGCUGAUUAUUUAACCAACGCUAAGCUGCAAGAAUUUUUUCAACAAUAUUUUAAAGAUUUGAAAAUUCUUGAUGAAAAUCGAAGACAUGAAGCGGUUCAAAUACUUCUUGAAAAAUUUCACCUAGAUCAAAAAAGUCGAAUCGAUUUUGAAGAAUAUUAUUCGUUUGUAUCAAAUAAUCCUGUAUUCCUUAAAUGCUUACCUCAAUUUACGGUUAAUUCAUCACAAAUCGUGAUUCCUAGAUCAAAUCAAUCAUCAGAAGGCAGUAAACUUAAAAAAUGUUUUUCAAGUUUAAGCUGCGAAUUGAAAAAUUACAAACACCUAAAAUAUAUAUUCACACACAGUUAUAUAAGCGAGAAUAUUUCACGUUUUAUAAUGUUAAUUCUUUAUAUAUUAAUUAAUCUUAGUCUAAUGAUUUAUGUUAUUGUCUAUAAAGCACGUAAAUGCCGUUACAAUCGUCUCGUCCUGCUUGCUCGUAUUUGUGGACUGUUAUUGAACUUUAAUUGUUCAUUUAUUAUUGCACUUAUGCUUAGGCAAACGAUAGUAUUUAUUCGAAGUCAUAGAUUAUUACGGAAGCUAAUACCUGUCGAUGAUCAUAUUGAUUUUCACAGGGUGGUUGGACGCUUUAUUGCCAUUUUAAGUACCUUGCAUACUAUCGCUCACAUAGCUAAUUUUGCAAACACGAAAGAAUAUUCUUUAGCGACACAUAUAUUUACUACGACGACUAAUUCGGGCUGGAUAGGUGGUUUCGCACCAUUGAGUGGCGUUGUUUUACUACUUAUUCUUCUUGCAAUGGUUAUAUGCUCAUUGAAAUGGAUUCGAAGCAGUGGUCAUUUUCAAAUAUUUUAUUGGUCCCAUUUACUUUAUCUACCUUUUUAUGUUUUUCUUAUUCUUCAUGCCAGAGAUUUUUGGAAAUGGAUAGUUGGUCCAUUAUCAAUUUUUUUACUUGAAAAGCUGUAUUCAAUUUACACAAGAUACACUCGCGGAAAAGGACGAACUCAUAUUGAUUCCGUGACGAUUGAUCAAUCGAAAGCGAUCAGUUUAACUAUUCAUCGACCAAAAAAUUUUACUUUCAAACCUGGUGAUUAUAUAAGUAUUAAUUUAUCACGUGUGGCUUUUUAUGAAUUUCAUCCAUUUACAAUCAGUAGUGCUCCGGAAGAAACCGAUUUUAUUCGUGUGCACAUAGCAGAUAAUGGCGACUGGACCAAAAAAGUUCAUCAACACUUCAAGGGAAUGUCUGACGAAGAAGCUCGCGAACAUCAAAUUGAAAUUUAUCGUGGUAAUAUUGAUUCACAAGAAACAUAUCCUAAUGGCCCAUAUUCAGAAUAUUACCGCAUGCAUGAUACUGAUAAUGAGAGAACUGGAAAAAGAGAAUCUGUUAUAAUAAAAGGACCUUAUUCAUCAUGUGCUCGAUAUGUAUUUGAUUCUAAACAUGUUGUUUUAAUUGGUGCUGGUAUUGGUGUAACACCAUAUGCAUCAAUUCUGUCCAGUCUGAUGGCACAAUUUCGUGGAACACAUUUUGUUCGAAGAAAUAAUAGUCAUGUCUAUUAUAUUUCUGAUGGUUUCAAUGAAAAUCGUAAAUUACAAAAAUUUGAUUUCAUUUGGUUAAAUCGUGAUUUUGAAAAUUUCGAAUGGUUUCUUAAUCUUCUUCGUCGAUUUGAGCAAGAGCAAGACAAUUAUUUGGCAUUACAUCCAAAUGAAAAGCGUUUUCUUGAUAUACACCUAUAUUGUACAGAUCCGCAACUUGCUUCAAAUGUUGAUAAUGCACCACUGGAGCUUGUAAGGAAAAUAUGCGCACCAGUAGCUCGACGUGAUAUCUACACAGGCUUAAAAUCUAGAACGAAUUUCGGUCGGCCUUCAUGGGAAAAAAUAUUUAAUAAAUUUAUAUCGCUUGAAAAUGCUUCAACAGCAGAUGAUGUUAGUGUCUUCUUCUGUGGACGAUCAAUUAUUGGCGAAGCAAUUAAAAGGCAAUGCGAGGAAUUUCAAUUUCGAUAUUAUGAAGAAAAAUUUUGA